CAAGUCCCUCCUCUGCCCGGAAAUAGUUCUGUUCCCAGACACUUGCGCAAAGCCAGAAAGUAGUUCCGGUUCCGUCGUGUGGAUUUUCGUUCCUGGUAGUCAGUUGUCACGGUUGGUGAGAAGCGGCUGAGGCAAGAUGCUGCGGAAUCUGCUGGCUCUUCGCCAAAUUGCUCGGAGGACCAUAAGUACUGCUUCCCGCAGGCAGUUUGAAAAUAAAGUUUCAGAGAAACAAAAGCUGUUUCAGGAGGAUAAUGGAAUUCCAGUGCAUCUAAAGGGUGGGAUGGCUGAUGCCCUCCUGUAUAGAGCCACCAUGGUUCUCACAGUUGGUGGAACAGCAUAUGCCAUAUAUGAGCUGGCUAUGGCUUCAUUCCCCAAGAAGCAGGACUGACUUCAGUUUAUCCUCUCAGCGAUCUGUGGACCAGUAAUCUGACAAUAACUGAGUUCUUCUUUGGGGAUCAAUAUUUAUUGACUUGUACUAACUGCCACCAAUAAAGCAGUCUUUAC